GGAGAAGAGGAGGCGUGGCCGAAGGGCAAGACUAAGGCCGGCUCUAGUGCCCGGAGCUGUAACUGAAACGACUUUGUCUCUGUAGUACUCAGGCUGUAAGGACCGCGCAGCGCAGCGGCGGGAAAAAACCUGGAAGUCCUCUCGGCUGCGAUGAUGCAGAACGUUUUAUGUCCGGAAAGCGAGGGAAGAAAUCGGAAGUGACGUCGCGGUCAAAACAAGCCGGGGCUUGAGGGCCUGCAGGGAAUCUGUGGCCACAGAUGGAAAGGCCCGACUCGCUGUGGGCUGUCGACGGUGGUCGUCAGGCCCUGCGCUCCCACCCGGUCGGCCUCCGGCGCCUGUCCCCGGGACCAGCCUGCCCCCUUUGAGCGAGUUUCCGCCCGCCGUACCUGAGCCGCGCCGGGACUUUUCGGACAGAGCUGGCGGCUGGCGACAGAGCGGACUUCCGUACAACCAUCUCUCCUCCAGCGGGUUCCUGUCCUGGGACGCCGGGACACCUGUCGCCUGUCCAUAGGGAAGUGCCUGUGAUUACCUUACUGAAAACUCAUUUUAAAACAAUAACUUUUUAAUAUCCAAAUUCCAAGAAUACACUGUGUACUGCUCUUUUAAAACCCAGAGGAAACCAUGAAGAAAUGUUUUAAUUGUUGAAACUACAGUUGAAAUCAUGGCUACAUCAGCAAAUCUGGAUAUUGGAGCCCAGCUGAUAGUGGAAGAGUGUCCCAGCAGCUACAGUCUAACUGGCAUGCCUGACAUUAAAAUAGAACAUCAGCUGGACUCAAAUGCAGAAGAAGGAUCAGCUCAGGGUGUUGCCAUGGGAAUGAAGUUCAUACUGCCUAACCGAUUUGAUAUGAAUGUUUGUUCUCGGUUUGUGAAGUCCUUAAAUGAAGAGGACAGUAAAAAUAUUCAAGAUCAGGUUAACUCUGACCUGGAGGUGGCAUCUGUUCUAUUUAAAGCUGAAUGCAAUAUCCACACAUCUCCUUCUCCGGGAAUUCAAGUAAGGCAUGUCUACACUCCCUCUACAACAAAGCACUUCUCACCCAUAAAACAGUCAACUACUUUAACCAACAAGCACAGAGGAAAUGAGGUCUCGACCACACCUCUGUUAGCAAAUUCUUUAUCUGUUCACCAGCUGGCUGCUCAGGGAGAGAUGCUAUACCUGGCUACUCGUAUCGAACAAGAAAAUGUUAUCAAUCACACGGACGAAGAAGGAUUUACUCCUCUGAUGUGGGCUGCAGCACACGGGCAAAUAGCUGUGGUAGAGUUUCUACUUCAGAAUGGUGCUGAUCCCCAGCUGUUAGGGAAAGGUCGAGAAAGUGCACUGUCAUUGGCCUGCAGUAAAGGCUACACAGAUAUUGUCAAAAUGCUGCUUGAUUGUGGAGUUGAUGUAAAUGAAUAUGAUUGGAAUGGAGGGACACCUUUGCUUUACGCUGUACAUGGAAAUCAUGUGAAAUGUGUAAAAACGCUCCUAGAAAAUGGAGCUGACCCAACCAUUGAAACAGACUCUGGAUAUAAUUCUAUGGAUUUAGCUGUAGCCUUGGGCUAUAGAAGUGUUCAACAGGUUAUUGAGUCACAUUUAUUGAAACUUCUUCAGAACAUCAAGGAGUAGACAUAGUCACUACGAAGUGGUGGCUGUCCUUCGGUUUACUUUUGGCCCUUACAAAUGAUAGUUUUGUUUACUUACAAAUUUUUACCUCAGUUGCAAUAUUUACUGAUUUUUAGUAAGUUUUAAUAAAUAUUCCUCUGAGUAAUUCACUGGUUUUAAUAAGAUUAUUGUUAAUGCUUUUUUUAAUAAGUGUGUUUUACUGUAUAUUUAAAACGAUAAAUGAAUGUUUCUUGGCAUGUAAAUUUUUAUGGUACAGAUAGUUAUCUGUCUUUUUAUCAAGUGCUGUAAUUUAACAUUUUCAGAAAUUAUUCUACGCUAUUCAUCUUCACUCUUACAUUAACUCAUUGACUUUAUAUAGGGUUUGCUAUAAAUCCAUAGGAAAAAAUUUUGUUCUUAUUGAAUUUUAAAUGCACAGUGUGAUUGUUUACAAAAUGAUGUUAUAAAUGAAUAAAAUACUUUUUU